AUGGCUCCCAGACUGCGCAACGCGCUCGGCCUUUCGCGUCAACUGGACGUCAGUGCCGUGUUCUACUGCCCGUCGUGCGCAAUCUGGCGACGAACAUUGUCGACGCGGAACCUCGACAAAACCAACACUCUUCGUCGCAACGCCCGACCCCAGAACACGAUCACAGCACCUAGUCCUCGGGCAUUUACGAGCUCGACCGUCAUAACUGCGAAGAGCGUUCCGCCACGUUUCAAGGAACUACAUGCAGCCCUUGAGGGGGUCAAAGAUGCCUCUUUGGAGCAAGUAAACCUCAGCAGACUCCAACUUGCGCUACGGGGGUUGGAAACCGAGGCACCUCUUAUCAGGGUAGCCGUCCUAGGUCUGAACGAUGCGACCUCCGCCCGAAAACUUGUCAGGCUAUUGCUUGCAGACCCAUUGACACCAAGGGCAAACUGGGAAGACAUUCUGGAGUCAUACGAUGCCGAUACAUCCCGCGGGCUUUUGAUCAGAUACGGCGAAACUUCAGAAUCUAUUCCCAACGACCUACUCCCGACGAUAUCGGUCCCAUCACCUAUACUCAAGGGGGGCAACUUGGAACUUCUUGUCAGCACCCUUGGCUCGGAGGAUGGUCAAAAUGCUGCUACAUUCAACGCCGACACUUUCCUUGUCCCCACGGUGACCAUACAGACCUCUCACUCGGGUCGACAUAAUGCCGUUCGGUACCCGGUGCACCGCACCAUUGUUUGCGGGAGUGGAGUUGAUGGAUUACUCUCAUACAGUACCAUGAUCGGCCGAUCAAACCUGAAGAAUGAGGUAUCUUCAAUCCGGGGAGCCAUCGAGCUCGCCGUUGCGGAUCAAAAAUCUACCAGCGAACGCAUCUCCCUAGUUGAUACCGAUCGCGCUAAUUCGGCAUUGAACAAAUUCCGCGAGUCCGUUGACCAUGCUCGCGACUACGAACGUGGGUGGAAUGGCAGUGGCGUGCAGCCACUUAUCGACUGGCUGGCAGACUCCUCCAACACAUCUUCUGGGAGCACUAUGAACCCGACAUUGCUUCCUCUGGUAGAGUCUAUUAUCGAUUCGGCAGAUGCAAGCGUGCUCGCCCGGGAUGCCAAAGCCCUCCACGACCAGACAGCCGGCAUAGCUCCCGAAGAGAUCCGAUCCAAGUUGGACCGCGGUAUCACCACGUGGGCAGAGCGUGCUCACUCUGAACUCCGAAGCUCAUUGGAAGAAGGCCUAGCUAGCCCACGCUGGCGUGGCCUCGCGUGGUGGAAACUUUUCUGGCGUGUUGACGAUGUCAGCAUGAUUACAUCUGAGAUUUUGGACAAGCGAUUCCUGCGUCGCGCCGAGCAAGAAGUCAUCUGGGCCUCGGGCAAGUACCAGCAGGCCGGUCUGUUGGACGAACGCUCGCCCUCGAGCCCCGAAGACCUCGCUCCCGCAUCAUGGCCAACCCAGAUCUCCGACCUUCGCACCAAACUCCUCACCACUACCGUACCAUCCCUCCAAUCUCUUGCCCAGAGCCUGGUUCUCUUCAGCGUGUCUACUACCACGUUGACAUCUGCUCUGUCAGCACUCACUUACGUAGGCAUUCCCGCUGCCGGUGUGUAUGAGUCAUGUACUCUUGCGGCGGUUGGUCUGAUCUACUCGAUUCGUCGGCAACAGAAGCGAUGGGACGCCGCUCGCACCUUCUGGGAGGAAGAGGUCCGUGAGGAAGGACGCACCUCUCUAUUGGAAACCGAGGCUUCUCUUCGCGAGAUUGUGCGGACUGGGGGCCAGGCUGUGGAAGAUCUGUCGGAUCCUCGCCCGCGGGAGAAUGUUGCAAGAGCAAGAAAGGCUCUGGAGGAGCUCAAGGUUUAA